AUGCCCCGUCUCACACAGUACAACUAUGUUUUUGCCAUUGGCACCUUCUUUGCCAUGCUAGAUGCCUACAACAACGGUGCUAAUGAUGUCGCCAAUGCAUGGGCUACAUCCGUCUCCUCGCGCUCAGUCUCGUACCGCCAGGCCAUGAUUCUCGGCACCAUCUUCGAGAUGGUCGGCGCUAUUACUGUCGGCGCCCGUACUGCUGACACGAUCAAGAACGGCAUCAUUCCUACCAGCGCCUUCAAGGGAGACGCCGGGGUUCAGAUGCUGGCCUUCACCUGCGCGCUUGCCGGUGCAUCCCUAUGGGUCAUGUGGUGCACCAAGCACUCUGCCCACGUCUCCUCCUCAUACUCGCUCAUCUCCUCCGUCGCUGGUGUCGGUGUUGCAGUUGCCGGCGCUUCCGAAGUACAAUGGGGAUGGAACAAGGGCAAAGGCCUCGGAGCCAUCUUUGCUGGUCUUGGAAUGGCUCCUCUGGCCUCUGCAUGCUUCGGUGCUAUCAUCUUUAUGUUGAUCAAACUGACAGUACACCUCCGCAAAAACCCCAUUCCCUGGGCCAUCUGGACUGCACCCUUCUUUUUUCUCGUCGCAGGAACCAUCUGCACCCUGUCAGUCGUCUACAAGGGCUCCCCCAAGCUUGGCCUCAACAAGAAGCCAGCAUGGUAUGUCGCUACUGUUACCAUGUCUUGCGGUGUCGGACUCGCCGUCCUGUCUUUCAUUUUCUUCGUGCCAUACUUGCAUGCCAAGGUCGUGAAGCGCGACUCGAAUGUACGCUGGUGGCAUGUUAUCCAGGGGCCGCUUUUAUUCAAACGUCCUGCUCAGGACAACGCCGAAGCUGUCGUCGUUCCCGAUUACGCUGUUGUACAGGAAGAUCACGACGUCACGGUUGCGCACACCAACAGUGACUCGGACUCUGGCACCGCUACCGGGUUUGAGAAGGGCACUGUUGUCGAGGAACAUCACCAGCUUACCUACAAAGAGCUUGUCCAACAAGGCCAGGACCGCUUCCACGCCAAAAUCAGGGCUAAACGUGGCCUUCUUGGAUGGGCUAUGCGCUACCUUCACGACAACAAGAUUGAAAGUGGCGAAAUAUACGAGAGAAAGAACAUGAUCAUUACCGUCAAACGAAUUCCCGCUAUGAUCAUGGUCGGUGCUCUUUAUGGUAUCAACUACGACAUUCACGCUGCCCAGACUGGAAUUCAUGGUACCCCCGAAGGAAAACGCAUGGAGCGUGUCUACAGCCAUGCCAAGAAAUACCCUAACGAAGUUGAGCACACAUACUCUUUCGUUCAGGUUAUCACUGCUUGCACCGCAUCCUUUGCACACGGUGCUAAUGAUAUUGGUAAUGCUGUUGGACCCUGGGCCGUCAUCUACAGUGCUUGGAACACUGGUGAAGCUUCUCGGUCCAAAGCACCCGUUCCUCUCUGGCAGCUUGCUGUGCUCUCUGCAACUCUUUCUCUGGGCCUUAUCACGUAUGGCUACAAUAUCAUGAAGGUCAUGGGCAACAAAAUCACCUAUCACUCACCUAGCAGAGGCUGCUCUAUGGAGAUGGGUGCCGCACUUACUGUCCUCAUCUUCUCACAAUAUUCCCUUCCCGUCUCCACUUCAAUGUGCAUUACUGGCGCCACUGUCGGUGUUGGUCUCUGUAAUGGGACUUACAAGGCUAUCAACUGGCAGCGAGUUGGUCUAUUAGUCUUCUCCUGGAUCAUGACAAUUCCCAUCGCCGGUACUAUUGGAGGUCUUUCCAUGGGAAUUAUUCUUAAUGCGCCUCAUUUCAAGGCAGUCUAG